AUGCAGAAGUUCCAAGAGCAAAGAUUGCUCCAGCAGAAUUCUAUCGAGCUCUCGUACGGAAAGCUUGGAGGUAAUAAGAAUAUUGUGGAGAUUGAUGAAACUAACCUACACUCCAAGAAGUACGGAAUCGAGAAGCGGACACCAGAUGACUGGGUCCUUGGAGGUGUCGAUCUUAGCACUGGAAGAGUCUUUGUAAAAAGAGUCGUUAAUCGUACAGGAAAAGUUCUAGUUCCACUACUGCAAGCAUCUGUAGAUCAAAACUCGGUCGUCUACAGUGAUGAAUGGAAGAAUUAUUCACAAUUGAAGGACUAUUUCACGCAAAAUUACACUGUAUGUCAAAAAACACAGUUUGUGAAAGAAGCGUUGAGUGAUUUGGGCAAUGAAGAGCUCCUCGCCGAAUUGGACUGCUCAAUACUGUCUCUCCGAGAGUUACUGCUUCGAUUUGUUAUUCCCUUCAACAUGCUCGAAAUAUUGCUCCAGAUGUUCUACGAAAGCGGAUUCUAUAUAUCUGAAGAGCUAAUUACAAACAUAUGGGCCGAUAUCAUUCGAAAUGAAACCAGAAUUUCAAACAACAACUACCGUAUGUUGGCAGAAACGAUGCGAAAGUUAUUUGAACAAUUUGGAAACACUCAUUUUUUCCCAAAGAAAUGCAUACUUCUUUGUUUCCUGACUAUGGAGAUGGGACGGACUCCUAUGAUUAUAUUCGAACAUAUCCUUCCUGCGAUACAAGUUACGGAGCAUGAGUUAAUGGGUAUCAUCAACGAACGAUUCCCGGAUAAAAGCUUCGCCAAACUCGAACAUUCUAAAAAAUUGCAUAUCUGUGAGCUGAUGAACAGUUUGUCAGAUUCGACGAUCAAGAAGUGUCAACAGCAGCAAAGCAUCUACAGGUUCAGAAGAACAUGCUCCGAUUCUUUAAAAUUUGGAACUUGGAUUCUUUACAUUAUGGGAUGCAUCUUUAUCGCAAGCAUGAAUGACGGAAUAAUAAUAACAUCGAGUGCAUUGUCUAAUGGAACUUCAAAUGGAACCAUAAAUGCUACACUUCUUCAAGUAUUUGAGCAGAUCAACCACCAUACAAUUGGAAUGUCCACGGUUAUGAUACAGUUAACAACAAUUUUCAUCCCGACGAAUGCCAUUUACUUCUUCCAAGCGGUCUUCGAACUAUACAAAUUUUAUUACUUGAUGCCUCUCAAAAUACCAUACGACAACCUGUAUUUUGCUUCAAUUAAAACAUUUUGCUACUUGUCUAAUAGUAAGUUUUUUUUUCUAAAAUCAAUAACAAAUAUCAUCACCUAG